GGCUCCGGGCUGGACGCGCCGACUGCGCGCGGGGACGCGGAGCGGGAGCCGAGGAGGUCGGAGGCGGCUCUUCGACGCAGAUUCUCCCUGCAAUGAACUUCGAGCUGAGCCGGCACCUCGAGAUUGCCCCCGGAGCCUGCAGCAAUCCCCGCCGCCCCACUCCCUGCCCACCCCAGGUCUGACCAUCCCCGGAUCCCUGGCAUCGGCCCCCAUCUCCUAAUCGAAGAUGUCUGCCUCCACAAAGGCCUCCUUCCUCGUGCUCCUCCUCCUCCUGCCCACGGUGGCCACCACGCACUCGGACUGCAUCUUCAGAAAGGAGCAGGAAAUCUGUUUGGAGAAGAUCCAGAGACUCACAGCUCUGAUUGGCAUCAAUGAGUCUUCUCCAGGUUGCCCUGGCAUGUGGGACAACAUCACCUGCUGGAAGCCAGCUGGAGUCGGCGAGAUGGUCAUUGUAAGCUGCCCUGCACUCUUCAGGAUCGUCAAUUCGGAAGAAGGAUGGGGCGUGGACACCUACAGCCAGACGCACUUGGGCGACUUUGAAUCCGAAGACAACCUGGGCCCAGAUUCCUCGGACAUGGGGCUCGUCAGCAGGAACUGCACUGACGAAGGCUGGUCUGAACCUUUCCCCCACUACUUUGAUGCCUGUGGCUUUGACGUCAAUGAAACAGAAUCGGAAAAUCAGGACUACUACUACCUGUCGGUCAAGGCACUGUAUACUGUGGGCUACAGCACGUCACUCGUGUCCCUCACCACCGCCAUGGUCAUCCUGUGCCGCUUCCGGAAACUUCACUGCACACGUAACUUCAUCCACAUGAAUCUCUUCGUCUCCUUCAUCCUGCGAGCCAUCUCGGUCUUCAUCAAGGAUGGGAUCCUGUACGCAGAGCAGAACAGCAAUCACUGCUUCGUCUCCACAGUGGAGUGCAAGGCCGUAAUGGUUUUCUUUCACUACUGUGUCAUGUCCAACUACUUCUGGCUCUUCAUCGAGGGACUGUACCUCUUCACUCUGCUGGUGGAGACCUUCUUCCCUGAGCGCAGAUACUUCUACUGGUACACUGUCAUCGGUUGGGGGACCCCAACCAUCUGUGUGACUGUGUGGGCAGUGCUGAGGCUCCACUUUGACGAUACUGGCUGCUGGGACAUGAAUGACAACACUGCGCUGUGGUGGGUGAUUAAGGGCCCUGUGAUCGGCUCCAUAAUGGUCAACUUCGUGCUCUUCAUUGGUAUCAUCGUUAUCCUGGUGCAGAAGCUGCAGUCUCCAGAUAUCGGUGGCAAUGAGUCCAGCAUUUACUUCAGCUGCGUUCAGAAAUGCUACUGUAAGCCCAAGAGGGUUAACCAGCACUCUUGCAAGAUGUCAGAACUGUCCGCCAUUACUCUGAGGCUGGCCCGCUCCACCCUGCUGCUCAUCCCGCUCUUUGGCAUCCACUACACCGUCUUCGCCUUCUCCCCCGAGAACGUCAGCAAGCGAGAGAGGCUGGUGUUUGAAUUGGGGCUGGGAUCCUUCCAGGGCUUCGUCGUGGCCGUUCUCUACUGCUUCCUGAACGGAGAGUUUCUCCCUCAAGGUGCAAUCCGAAAUAAAGAGAAAAUGGCGCAGUUGGAAAGUCAACCGAUACUUUGCUGUGGACUUCAAGCACCGUCACCCCUCCCUGGCCAGCAGCGGGGUGAAUGGAGGCACCCAAUUGUCCAUUCUGAGCAAGAGCAGCUCGCAGAUCCGCAUGUCCAGCCUCCAGGCGGAGAACCUGGUCACGUGAGCGACUGAGCCGGAGCCGGACAGCGCCCGCGCCCGUCCGUCCGUCCGUCCGUCUGCCCGCUCCCGCCCCCUCCCCUUUUCCGCGCUGACCAAGGGGGAGGGGGCGUGCAGGGAAGGACGGACGGACGUUUCUUUGUCUUUCCGUUGUGUUCUUGUUUUCGUUUGCCAGCGCGGGGAACCGGGCUUUCCCAAGCCGGGAGGUGGUCAGCAGUGCCCUCCCCUUCCCCCGCCUCCUCGUCCUCCCCCGCACCUGUAAAUACCCUUCGGAGAGCUACUCGCCCCCCUCCCCCAAACCCCGCUGCCCCCCGCGAUGCCCGGCCUCCCGGGUGGCACCUCGGGUCCUCCGGAGCAGUCAAAGGACGGGGGGUGGGGGGCGUCCUGGAUUUGGGGGAGUCCCUGCGGGGAAGGGGGUCGAGGGGCCGAGGAGAAAGAGGAAUAGCGCCAGCCACCACCCGCGAACAUAACAGCGUAGCGGGGGGCGGCCUGCCUACGUGUGUAUGCCUGUGUGUGUAUGUGUCUGUGUGUUCGGGUGCCCUUGGGGUGGACGGGGCUGCAAAGGGCAUCAGCCUUCUCCUCGCCCCCGCCACCUGCCCUCGGAGGACCGGCCCCGUCCGCGGGGGGCAUAUGGGGGGCGCAGGACUGCGAGACCAGGACCUGCGAAGGCGUCUCACGCUCCCCUUUAUGUUUCGGGGUGAUAAGAGGGGUGCCUCCACUCUCUGGACCGCUGGAGGGUGGGGCACACAGCCCCGGUCCCUCAAAGGCCUAAAAUGGGCCACCUAAGAACCCCACAAACGCACACACGCCACCUAUGGCAGAGGGAGAGGAAGUGGCCGAAGGGCCAGAUGGGGUCGGUUUACUUAUUUUUCAUUUUUCUCUGUUGGACUACUCCCGAGGCCGGGAUUGCGGGGAGUAGGAGGUGGCGAGGGAGCUCGCUAGCUAUGGUGAUGGGCGUCCUCGCUCCUCCGGCCGGACAGCCCCUCUUCCUCUCCCCGCCCCCCCACCCCACCCCAGGUGUCAAUGCCCUCUGCAGGCCGGCGGCGCCACGCGGGACAACCCCCUCUUCCUCCUUGGUGGCCCUCUUUACGCCGAGCAUCUCCCGAAACUAGCCUCUCCCUCCUCCGCCCAUUUGCCCCGGGGGCACGGACGAGGCCCGGGAGCCGAAUUAGGAUUUGCGGGCUAAAGGGGUGGGGUUCCCCCCGCCCGGGAGACAAGGUGGGUCUAACUGCCCUUCCCACCCCCCACCCCCCCACCAGGUAUGCAGAACACCCCUCUACAGACAGAGCGACCGAGGCCGGCUACAAGCCCCCGGCUCGACCCCGGGAUUAGCUAUUGCCCCAGGGGACUCCUGACGAGUCUCCUGCGACCUGCCGGGGUCCUAUCCCGUCCCUCUCCCCGCGCCCACCCACCAAUAUCAUUUGGGAGGGGAAGCGAGUAUGCGAACUCCUAAAAGGGUGCAGGUUAUUAUAAGGGGGGAAACUACAGUCCAUCCGUAUAUCGCCCCGGGGAGAACGGGGUCGCUCUAAGGCCUCUGAGUCGGCGGGGCAAAGACAGCAGGCCUCUCCCACGCGGUCCCUCCUCGAAGGCGGCCGAAGCCGGGACGGCGACUGUACGCUGGGAGCGGGUUAUGCGGGGGUCAAGCUGCCCGACCCGCUUCCCCGCACGGUCACAUGAAAGAUGCCCCAGGGCGAUUGUGUUUGUAUUGUUCUUGUUGUUGUUGUUGUUGGGUUUAUUUGGACGUGGGAGGGUAGAGGGGCAGGGUCCACUGUGAAACCGGCGGCUGGUGGCAUAGAGGCCUUGCCCCUGCCAUUCUUCGAAACACGUUGGUGACCAUCCUUGGUACACCUUUCCUCCCCCUCCCGCCCGUUCCCAUAGUCAGGGGCCCUCCAGGCUGCGGACCCCUCGCCUCCUUGCAGGAGGGUCCGAAACGAGGGGCAGACUGUCCAGCCUGAGAUCCCAUGUUUUUCCCCACCCCCACUUUGGCAACUCCAACUUCGCCUCGGCCCCGGGAAAUUCGAAACAUGGAAUGGAGGGAAUGUUUCCAUGGGGGAGGAGGGCUGAAAAACCCAUCCGAACUAAAGCUCCGUCGGCGUGGUUGGCACCUCUUUCAAUCAAUCAGUUGCACUUAUUGGACGCUUAUAAUGUGUAGGGCACUGGACUAAGCGCUUGGGAGAAUACAACACAGCAGUAUAGCAGACACAUUCCCCGACCACAACGAGCUUACAGUCUAGAGGGGGAGUCAGACAUUAAUAGAAAUAACUAAAUUACGGAUAUGUACAUAAGUGCGCUGAGGCUGGGGCUGCUCUUGCCCACCUCCUUGCCCGGAGCCCCUCUGGAUACAAUAGGGGGCGUUGGUGAGCACGGAAAUGGUCCCCAGGGCCAGAAUAAUAAUAAUAAUAACAUUUGUUAAGCGCUUACUAUCUGCAAAGCAGGGGUGGACAAUCCAUAGAGAGGGUCAUCUUCAGCCUGGAUAACUGAAGGUGGACUGGGGCACGUGAUAACAGGCUGGGAUCCUGCCCUGCUUUAAGAAAGUGUUCUGAACGCACCUCAUUUUUCAAGAAGGUGCAAGCCACAGGGGUGGAAAUUAUGCGGUUGACUUGUCCCGGUUGAGGGGCGGGGGUGGACUGGUCCAUUAUUUGUGUCUGAUGGCUCUCCCAGCCCUGUCCUGAGAAAGCAAACAGGAUAAUGCCCCAGCUCCCUCACUUUUGCUGGAGCCACCCCGACCCGGCCACCGAGGGAUGUCAUAGCCUCUCCUGGUGAGGAGUUCUCCCAUUGACACUGCUUCCCCUCACCUGCCCUCAGGACCUCCGCCCCACCAUCCACCUUGCAGGCCUUAAAAUUAACCCUUCUCUCAGAGGGAGGACUGAGAGAAAUGGGGAUACCACAGAGCUCCCCUUACCCUGCAGCACAUCUUCACAGUUGCAGACAGGAGGAGGAUAGGCUUGGAGUGCUGUCCCCCUCACCCACUCCUACCCAACCAGCAUCCAGAGCAGACCCCAGGACUCAGACAGGGGUGGAACACCAGCACAGAGCUUGCCCGAUUAUCUGCCUUUUCUACUCCAAACCUUGGUUCGGGACCAGGGCGGAGGAAACAACAGUGUUAUUUCACCUUGGGACAGAGAAGGAGCAACCCAACUACCAUAUGUGGUUUCUGGUAGGAAUAAUGAGGGUGAAGGGGGAACGGGUGGAUCCCUCUUCCCAGACACGAGAUCUUGAAGAUGAGAAUGCCAAGGUGAAAUUAUCCUUCGUUCCCACAGAUCCCUGGAGUUGGGAUUACAUAAGAGUCGAUCCAGUGCCACCCCCCCGCUCAUCCCUCGCCCCCUCCAGAUACCCCCCGUCCGAUGUCUGUCUGGUUGUGUUUAGCUUUUGUCCAGGUCUGAAGCCGCUGCCCCCUGAUCUCUGUCCCCGCUGCCCCACCUCUGCCCCUCUGCUGGGUCUGCGUGGGGCCCGGUCUGUUCGUGUCGUGUUUGUUCAGUGGAAACACUCCGGUAACCUCUGCUGCUUCUUAGAGUGACGUUCGUCCAUGCUCUGCGCCUGGUUCUGGAUUUUAAACUGUAAACCCGCUGUAGAUGGAUCAAUAAAUGUCUUCUCAUU